AUGAGCCAAUGUGUUUGUGAUUCGGGCGUUGAGAUUAUCUCUCUACUCUCCGCUCGUUUCUUCACUCGUACAAGGCAACGACAACGAGAUGUUGCUGUUGAGAAUAUUUGCGUACGAAGAAUCCACAUAAGCUCGUCCGCGACCCUUAUGGUUAAGGUUUACAGACUUCGAAGGUUACAGCUGCAGCUGUCAAGAAGCUCCAAGCAGGUAUAG